UGUAUAUGUCACAGCGAAAAAGAUGGAAGGCGGUGGGGCCAAUACGGCGUCGCAUAACGAUACGACGUUGACGAAGAUCUUCGUUGGUGGAUUAGCGUGGGAGACGCAGAGAGAUACGAUGAAGCGUUAUUUCGAGCAGUUUGGCGAUAUUGUCGAAGCCGUCGUUAUUUCGGACAAGAACACCGGCAAAUCUAAAGGAUACGGAUUUGUGACGUUUAAGGAACCGGAGGCGGCGAUGAGAGCUUGCCAAAACAUAUCUCCGGUGAUCGACGGAAGAAGAGCGAACUGUAAUCUUGCUUGCCUCGGUGCCCAGAAAACUCGUCCCCAAAUUCCAAGACAUGGAGCAGGGAGAUUCAGACCAGUAGGAGGAGGAGCAGGACUAGUGGCUCCUUCCCCUUCUUUCCGCGGCUCUCCUUCUUCUGCUUCAUCAUCAUCAUCAUCAUCAUCUGCUUUUGUUCAUCAAACUGCAGGUGGUCGAUUCGCAUUUUCUUACCCUGGUUACGGGUUUGCCGGGUAUUCUCAAGAGGGCAUGUACCCUAUGAAUUACUACAACCAUAUGUACGGAGGACAUCAAGUUUCCCCGUUUGUAGGGCCAUCGGGCGGGAUGUUCCAUAGUUUCUACCACCCGUUCUACACGCAGAGCAGCAGCCAGACUCCUCCAGUCCAUCAUCAUGGUUUCGGCCUCCAGUACGCUCCUUCUGUUAUGCAUUACCCUUACUUGCCUCAGCCCCCCAUCCUCUCCCUCCCGACCUCCUUUGCUCUUUCAACAUCAUCAUCCUCUCCCUCAGUAGCAGCAGCACCAAUUACAGCAACAGCAACAGCCCCGACAGCAACCUCAACAGCAGCGGGAACAGCAACAACAACAACGGCAGAAACUGCAGCUCAAGUGAAAGAUGGAACAGCUCCUGCGGGAGAGAAUCCAACAACCUGAUCCAUCUUUUCUUGGGGUAGGGGAAAUUUCCGGCUACUUAUUUUCCAGUACUAACGAGAUCAAUCACAUUGGAAACAAGGGUAGCAGGAGAGAGAGAGAGAGGGAGGGAGCUCAACUCAAACGAGAGAAGAAACCAGGCAAAGCUCAUCAACCAAACACAAACUCAUCUCGUACACUAACUAUCCAGAGCUCAGUCUCUCUCUCAUCAUCAUAUCAAUCACGCGCAUUCGCGUAGGAGGCACAGUCCAUUUUUUUUUUCUUUUUCGCAAUAUUACGUCAUCAAAUAUAUAGCUAUAGCUUAGGACCAGGGAACCAUCACAUUCUUUUUUUUUUCAGACAUUCAUGGCAUUAGGUAAGAAUCCGAGGCAUGGGUGGCCAUUGGAUUCUAUCUCCUUCAACGAAAACUGGUUUCCAAUUUUUUUUUGAUGCACAAAGCAUCUAUUUGCACAACUCUGAAUUUGAGGGGUUUUCAGGUUCAGAAGAUCCGUUUUUUUAUGUUUCUUUUGAACCUUUGGACCGAUUCAAGAAAGGCUCGGUUCGGUUAAGUCUAAGUCUUUUCAGAUAUAUUUUCCUUUUAACUUUGUAAUUCUUUGUGUUUGCUAUCGGUGUAUUUUGGAUCGUUUUGUUUAUUAUUAGAUCUUUCAUAAAGGUGACUUCUUUGAUCCAA